AAUAUGUCUUCCUCGAGUCCCGACCAGCGCCUGGAGCACCUCCUGAGCGCCGUGAAGAGCGAGUUUCAGGAGGGCAGCGAGAAGGGCGACGCGUCGGAGCGGGAUAUUAAAAUUUCCCUAGAAGACGCGGAGCUAUGGGGCAAAUUUAAAGAGCUCACCAAUGAAAUGAUUGUCACUAAGACUGGAAGGCGAAUGUUUCCCGUGCUCAGAGCCAGUGUCGCCGGUCUGGACCCCAACGCUAUGUACUCGGUCCUGCUGGACUUCGUGGCGGCCGAUAAUAAUCGGUGGAAAUAUGUGAACGGUGAAUGGGUGCCGGGAGGGAAACCUGAACCGCAGAGCCCGAGCUGCGUCUACAUCCAUCCAGACUCACCCAACUUCGGCGCACACUGGAUGAAAGCGCCCAUCUCCUUCAGCAAAGUCAAACUCUCCAAUAAACUCAAUGGAGGAGGACAGAUUAUGUUGAACUCUUUGCACAAAUACGAGCCCAGGAUUCACAUAGUGAAAGUCGGUGGGAUCCAGAAAAUGAUCAGCAGUCAGUCUUUUCCUGAGACUCAGUUUAUUGCGGUCACAGCUUAUCAGAAUGAAGAGAUCACAGCUCUGAAGAUCAAGCACAACCCAUUUGCCAAAGCCUUCCUGGAUGCCAAAGAAAGAAGUGACCACAAGGACGUCCCAGACCACAGCACUGACAACCAGCAGUCUGGAUACUCGCAACUUGGUGGCUGGUUCCUGCCCAGUAAUGGGGUUACUACCCAGGAAGUUGGUUCUUGUGUUGUGUUUGUAGAUAACUACAUGGACAACUCUUCAGGAGGUUUCGCUUAUCAAGAUAGCUGGUCGCCCCUGCAGAUGCCCAACUCCAGUGGCAUGGGCACCCUGGCCCACACCACCAACACUACCUCCAACACCAGCCAGUACCCAAGCUUGUGGUCGGUCGCGGGGACGAGCCUCACCCCCUCGGGCUCAGCAUCGGGGUCCAUCACGGGCGGCCUGACGUCUCAGUUCCUGCGCGGUUCCUCGGUGUCCUACUCGGGGCUGACCUCCUCUCUGCCCGUGUCCUCUCCCUCCUCGAUGUAUGACCCGGGCCUGAGCGAGGUCGGCGUGGGAGACGCUCAGUUUGAGAGCUCCAUCGCCAGGCUUACAGCGUCCUGGGCGCCUGUGGCACAGAGCUACUGA